AUGGCUACGAUUGCUCUGAUAGUGGCCAUGGUGCUCAGCCUGGCGCAGCUCUCCGCCGGGAGCAGGAGGCUGAUGGAGCUGUACGUGCCUCCGGAGAGCGACCGGCUCACGUACCACCAGGGCGGCGUGCUCGGCGGCGACAUCCCCGUGUCCAUCCUCUGGUACGGCAAGUUCACGCCCGCGCAGAGGUCCAUCGUCGCCGACUUCGUCGUCUCGCUGAACUCCGCGCCCAACGGGGCCGCCACGCCCUCGGUCGGGCAGUGGUGGGGCACCAUCGAGCAGCUCUACCUGUCGAAAGCCGCUGCCGCUAACGGCCACGCCGGUGCUACGCAUGUGCUCCUCGCCGAGCAGGUGACCGACGAGCAGUGCUCCCUCGGCACGUCGCUAACCCUGGCCCAGAUCGACCAGCUCGCCGCGAGCGUCGGCGCCAAGAAGGGCGGCAUCGCGCUGGUGUUCACCGACGAGGACGUGGCCGUGGAGGGCUUCUGCAGCAGCCGGUGCGGCAGGCACGGGUCGUCCGCCGGCGGCGACUCCACGCACAUCUGGGUGGGCAACUCCGUGAAGCAGUGCCCCGGGCAGUGCGCGUGGCCGUUCGCGCAGCCGCAGUACGGGCCGCAGGGCGCGCCACUGGUGGCGCCCAACGGCGACGUCGGGAUGGACGGCAUGGUGAUGGUCCUCGCCACCAUGGUGGCCGGCACCGUGAGCAACCCGUACGGGGACGGCUACUACCAGGGCCCCAAGGGCGCGUCCCUGGAGGCCUGCACGGCGUGCCCCGGCGUCUACGGCAGCGGCGCGUACCCGGGCUACGCCGGCAACCUGCUCGUCGACCCCGCCACCGGCGCCAGCUACAAUGCCAACGGCGCCAACGGGAGGAAGUACCUGCUCCCGGCGUUGUACGACCCCGCCACGGCAUCCUGCAACACGCUUGUCUAG